GAUGAUAUGGGCGAGACAAUGCGAAGAAUAUAUAUAUAUAUAUACAUAUGUAUAUGAACUCAUUUAAAUUAGAUGACAUAGGAAAAUGGUAGACGCUAAAUUUCACAAUUGAAUGGGUCAUGGAAUGUGUCAUAUUUAAAUGGCAUGCACAUGAUAAGAAGUAAAUCGUAAAUGUAGCGUCUUUUGGAGAGAGUGGGAGAGUAUGUGUUUUUAAUUGGGAAGGGUAAUUAAGGAGGGGAGAGGGAGGAGCCACCUCAAAACAUUUUUGAAUUUCACGAGCUCAAAUUUACUUACUCACAUGCUUUACUGACAUUCACCACUUGAUACCUGCUGGUAUUCCCCCCCAUCCAUCACCUUUCUCCCAUGCACUCUCUCUCUCUCUCUCUACGUAUGUGUUUGUGAAGAUCAUUUUCAUUGUAGAUGCAAGAGACCACACCACUAGUAGAGAAUCCUAGGAAGAGAGUGUGAAGAGUUCAUUUAACGCAAUCAGUUCAUUUUGUGAAUCCAAAGUCUUAAGUCCACUAGCUCUUUUAUAUAUGAUAUGAUAUGUAGUAAAAAAUCUCAACCACCACCCUCUCUCUCACAAAUACAAAUUUACUGCCAAAAGGGUAGGAACCGAGGUCGGUGUAACAACUUAAUACAGCUCUUCUCUCUACCAGCAGCGUAAGCUUCUAAAGCCUAGCACAUUAUUAUGAUUAAAAAAAAGAAGAAGAAGAAGAAGAAGAAGCAAUUAUAUCAUAUAAUUCUUAUCCAAUUAUAUAAAGUUCUUGUUUUGCCAUUAUAUCUUAUUCAAUCCAUGCCAUUGCCAUAUACCGGUUUAUGGAUGGAUUUAAAAUGAAAGGAUUUACACUUCAUUUAAUGAGAAUAACUCAAAUUUAAAUAGGAUGACUUAGAUAUGAAUUUCAAAAUUAAAUUGGAAUGUCAUGAUAAUUUUAAAAUAACAAUAUAAAGUAUUUAUUUAAAAUACAAUAUAUAUUUUUUCGGUCUCUAACUUAUCUUCCCUUUUAAUUUCUCAAUUCACCUAUAACAACUUAAUCUUAUAUAUAUAUGUAUAUAAUUCAACAUCAAAUCCUCUCAUUUGAAAACAUUCAUCCAAUUAAAACCUUCUUUUUAGUCAUGCAAAUUGUGAAAACAUUAACUAACUAAAGGCAAGUCUAAUUGGUCAGAAUUUUUGCACCUCAUUAGAAAUUAAGAGAAUAGUAUUUCAAAUCUUGCUAUAAGCAAGACUUCAAUCUUCUCUAGGCUAUGACCUCCAAUAUACCAAACAAAAAGUGCAUUUUUGUGAUGCUAUUGCUUAGAUUUAUCUUUUUAUCUCAAAUGUGAAGACUAAUACUACCACUACUACAUACAUACUAAUCCCAACGGUCACAUGCGCUUGAGAACUAUCUCCAACCGUGACAACAUUUAAAACCAAACUGCACUCUCUAUACAUAUAUAUAUAUAUCCCGCGCCUUCCACCUAUUCUAACCACUCCCCACUACUACUACUACUACUACUCUCCACUGUCCCCUCUACUUACACAUCACACCACACCACACCUCACUCACUUAUUUAGCAUUUUGGCUAAAGGCAAAAAAGCUAACAUGGAAAAUUGCAAGAGAAGUCUAAUAAAACCAUGGAAAAAAGGCCCUCCAAGAGGGAAAGGUGGGCCUCAGAAUGCUACCUGUGAGUACCGUGGAGUUCGUCAAAGAACCUGGGGCAAGUGGGUGGCUGAAAUCAGAGAGCCCAAGAAGAGAACCAGACUUUGGUUGGGUUCUUUUGCCACUGCCGAAGAAGCUGCCAUGGCGUAUGACGAAGCCGCCAGGAGGUUAUAUGGGCCAGAUGCUUACCUCAACCUACCCCAUCUUCAAUCAAACUUCAACCCUUUAAUCAAAUCCAAAUCCCACAAGUUCAACUGGUUUCCCUCCAACAACUUUGUCUCCAUGUUUCAUCCCACUCCCACUCCCACUCCCACUGCCACAGGGUGGCUCAAUCUAAAUGCCCAACCCAAUGUACAUGUCAUUCAUCAAAAGCUCCAAGAACUUGAGAAAAAUCGGAUCCUUAACCACUCAUCUUCUACUGCCUCAUCUUCCUCCUGUUAUUCAAAAACUAAAAACCCGAUCAUCAAUAAUGACAAAAACUGCUUAGAAACAUCAGUACCUACUACUAUGGUGAAAGAUGUACAAAUUUCAUCUGAAAAAAUAUCAGGACAUCAUCGCGAGGAGAAGCCUCAGAUUGACCUGCAUGAGUUCCUCCAGCAGAUGGGCAUACUGAAAGAAGAGAGUUCCUCACAUGGCAGCAAUGUCACUGAAAGCAUUGUGAUGCCUGAAUCAUCACUGAAAGAAGACGACGACGACGACGACGACGAUAGUGGUGUUGUGGCCUUUGCUGAUAACAGUUUCAAUUGGGACACGCUGAUUGAGAUGCGAGGUACAGAGGACCAUCAAGAAGCAGAAGCUAGUAGUUACCAGGUUUGUGAUAUUCAUGAAGAAGAACUCUGUUUCCCAGGUUCCAUUUGGAACUUCUGAAAGGAUCACCUGAUUUUUGAAGGGCGGGAUUUAGCUUUCCAGAUGUAAUAUGAGGACUAAUCAUAAUGUAGUUACGUCUUAGUUGGUUUCUAAUCUAGUCACUAGCAGGUUCUGCCGUAGAAUUUACACGAGAUAUCAGUUUUGACUAAAUGAGAGAGAGAGAGGAUGUUCUGCAGUAGUAGUAGUAGCAGCAGGGGAGAAGAGUUUAUUGUACUAGUAUGGUGGCAGCAGAUGGAAAUUGAACAUGUUUCUGGUUAUGAUCA